AUGAAGCCAGGCGACACCUGGAGGAUCUGGAUACCCAGUGCGAUCGGAUAUGGCUCCCGUGGGGCUGGAAGUGCAAUUCCGCCCGACACGGCGAUCUCCUUCGAGCUAGAGCUCUUGGAGGUGAGUCCUCCGGCGGAAGGACUGGCGUGGCUCUGGGAGCAGGCCCAGGCGAACCCAAUGCCGAUAGCCCUGGUGUGCCUCUUUGGCUUCCAGCUCUUGCAGGGCUACUUUCAGAAGGGUGGUCCUUCUGAUCUCAAGGAGCUGCCAAUUUCAGAAGCAUCUUCUGAGGAGAACCCUAAGGUGUUCCUGAGCAUGAAGAUCGGGGAUGCGGAGCCUGAGCAGGUGGUGAUCGAGCUUUUCGCCAAGAGCUAUCCAAAGACUGCAGAGAAUUUCCGUGCCCUCUGCACCGGGGAGAAGGGCGAGGGGAAGUCUGGCAAGAAGCUGACCUUCAAAGGCAACACCUUCCACCGGAUCAUUCCUGGCUUCAUGUGCCAAGGAGGUGAUUUCACCAACGAAAAUGGCACUGGUGGAGAGUCAAUUUACGGCGAGAAGUUUGAGGACGAGUGGACAAAUGGAUACAUCACGCACAGCAAAGCCGGCAUGCUCUCCAUGGCGAACGCAGGGAAGGAUACCAACGGCUCGCAGUUUUUUAUCACCCUAGCAGCCUGUACACACUUAGACGGGAAGCACGUCCUUUUUGGGCAGGUAACAGAAGGUCUUGAUAUUGUCAACAAGAUGGGCGCCACAGGUUCGUCAAAUGGAACUCCGAAGAACAAGGUUACCAUUGUGGAUUGUGGGGAGGUGAAGAGCAAAUCCACGUGA